UGAUUUGGCAGCCCUGAUUCAGAACAGCUGUGGCGCCUAAAACACAUUUUUCUAUUAGAAUUAACCAGGCGCAGGGCGCGUUGCUAAAACCGUAAGAAACUGAAUAAACAUCAUGACCAGGAACAGCAUCGAACUGGGCGAUGUGACGCCGCAUAACAUCAAGCAGCUGAAAAAGCUCAAUACAGUUGUCUUUCCGGUCUCCUACAACGACAAGUUCUACGUGGAUGUCCUGGAGGCCGGCGAGCUAGCCAAAUUGGCCUAUUACAAUGACAUUGUCGUCGGCGCCGUCUGCUGUCGCGUUGAUACCACCGAGAACCAGCGUCGGCUAUAUAUCAUGACCCUGGGUUGCCUGUCGCCGUACCGUCGCCUGGGCAUCGGCACCGUUAUGUUCGAGCACAUCCUGAACUUUGCCGAGAAGGAUGGAAACUUUGAUAGCAUUUUUCUGCACGUCCAGAUCAACAAUGAUGGAGCCAUCGAGUUCUACAAGAAAUUUGGCUUCGAGAUUGUAGACACCAAGGAGCAGUACUAUAAGCGCAUCGAGCCAGCGGACGCCCAUGUCCUGCAGAAGGCGCUGCGACGCACUGCCGCCGCAACCAAUGCCAACAACUCCGCCACCAGCAACAAUACCGCCAACUCCAAUGCCCGCAGUAAAGCACGCCAGUUCACGUUUGUGUGAGAGGACGACAAGCUUCGAAUUCAAAUGGUGUGACCAGUGAGAGACGGCCAAAACGAUGUAUUCAAUUAGUCCGAUCAUAUCUAUGUGUAAUCAAUAUUAAUGAACCACCCCUGCGAGGGAAUAAAUAGCUCUGUACGGCGCUCUGGCCAGUCCAAA